CGGUCUCGACUGGGUCGCUAUCGGUAAAUGACCCUGGGUGCGAAACGUCCCCUCUUGUAAACAUAGUUGACCAUCUUAAUAGCUUUUCGCCACUGCUGCUGAUGCUUUUAUGGAUCUCGUCUCGUCCUUUGUAAUGCUGAUAACUUCGCGGAUGGCGGCGAGAGCUAGCAUCUAUAAGUAUCCGGUAGGCCGCACGAGGAUUGAGACUAUUGGGAUUAUUCUCUUCUGUGCGCUGAUGACUACCGUUGCGAUUCAACUUCUCGUCGAGUCUGCACGCACUCUCGGCGGAGGACCAUCCGAAUCCGAUGAGCUUCAAAUCAUUCCCAUUAUCAUCGUGGGUAUUGCCAUCUUUGCAAAGGGCAGUCUGAUGCUCUACUGCCUCGCAUAUCGUAGAUACCCGUCGGUCCAUGUCUUUUUCAUCGACCAUCGCAAUGAUAUUGUUGUUAACAUAUUCGGUCUUGUCAUGUCGGUGGUUGGCGACCGAUUUAUCUGGUAUCUAGAUCCUAUUGGUGCUAUAUGCAUUGCACUCCUCAUUCUGUUCUCCUGGAUUGCCAAUGCAUUCGAGCAAGUAUGGCUUCUCGUGGGCAAGUCAGCCCCCAAAGAAUUCUUAUCGAAGGUCAUCUACUUGAGCAUGACCCACGAUCCCCUGGUUCAAAAGGUGGAUACGUGUCGAGCAUACCAUGCCGGGCAGAAAUACUAUGUCGAAGUUGAUAUUGUCAUGGACCAAGAUGUCCCGCUGAAGAUCUCACACGACGUAAGUCAGUCUCUGCAGAGGAAACUUGAAGGCUUGAGUGAUGUCGAGCGAGCAUUCGUUCACGUUGAUUACGACGAUGACCACGACGUCUACCAGGAACACAAACCUCUUUACGAGGAGAAGAAGCAGCAGCAGGGCCGAACCUUGAAGGACGUGCUACUUUUCCGGAAGAAACAAGGAGAAGAGGAACUCAGGAGACAGGAGGCUCAACGAUGAGGUUAGGUAUCCACGUUGACUUCUCGAACCUCGAAUCUAGGAAAAGAGAGGAAGGGAAAGGGGGAAAGGGGAAAAGGAGGUGAUGGAAGAAAAAGAUAGAAGAGAGCCGCGGUUUACACCACUAAGCAAAGGCGUGGUGAGGCUAUUCCAACAGUGCGAACAACCCGUAUACGAUUAUAAUAAGUACGACGAUUUUGUUUCUGUACGAGAGAACGACGACCGAUUUAUGAUAUAUAUAUACGCCAGUUAGAUAGUAAAAGUAAUAAAAGAGUUUGAAUUGCGCAAAACCUUGAGAGUUGAGAAGCUAAAAAUGGGUCUGCGUAACUAUAGUUGAUGC